ACAUAUGUCUUGCUUUUGUUUUCAGUCUGAUAUCAUCUGAUAAAUGCUUAUAUAGAUGAGCCUAAAUCAGAAAGAUCACAUCUUCAUUCACAGCAUUGGACAACUUUUAAGCAGAGAAUAUAUAACUUUGAGCACAGUAAAGACACUAUCACUGCAUCACCAUGAUUGCAAAGAUUUGUGUCGUCCUUCUUCUGUUUGUUGCCUCUGGCAACGCACAGACCACAACCACUGCUACACCAACAACCAGAACCAGCACUGCUGCACCAACAACUAGAACCAGCACUGUUGCACCAACAGCCACAACCAGCACGACUGGACCAACAUUCCCAAACAACACUGCUGGACCAAAAUUCCCAAACAGCACGGCUGGACCAAAAUUCCCAAACAACACUGCUGGAACAACAUUCCCAAACAACACUGCUGGACCAACAUUCCCAAACAACACUGCUGGACCAACAUUCCCAAACAGCACGGCUGGACCAAAAUUCCCAAACAACACUGCUGGACCAACAUUCCCAAACAACACAGCAGCACCACCAACCCCAACCAGCACGUUUGGACCGCCACCAACUCCUACCAGCACGUGUGGACCACCACCAACUCCUACCAGCACGUUUGGACCGCCACCAACCCCAACCAGCACGUGUGGACCACCACCAACUCCUACCAGCACGUGUGGACCACCACCAACUCCUACCAGCACGGCUGGUUGUGAGACCAGCAAGGCUAGACCAACAUGUAGCGUGGAGUGUGUUUGUAAAUGUUAAUCUCUGAUAUGUAAUCACACGUGUCCCUGAAGGAGGUGUCUGUGAUUGGAGGGCUCUGUAAUAUUCUGGUUCAAGGCUUAUGAGUGAAUCUGCUUUUUGUUUGUAACUACAUAAAAAAGAUGAUCUACAAUAAAGGUUUACCAAAGUUAUUCUUUAAA